GUUACGUACCGACAAUCUUUUCAUUUUGUUCUUUGUCGCACCAGCAGCUGUGAUUUUAUUGACGAAUACGAUGUUCCUGUUCAUGACUAUGUGCAUUGUAUACAGGCACUCGAAGUAUAUCCCCUGUAGGCAUGCUGCGGAUAACGGAGGUGAUAUCAGGACUUGGGUCAAAGGAGCAAUGGGUCUGGUCUGUCUCCUGGGCGUCACCUGGACUUGUGGUCUUCUCUGGAUUGAUGAUGGCCAUUCGAUAGUGAUGGCAUACGCGUUUACCAUUGCGAACUCCCUUCAGGGUCUUUUCAUCUUUGUCUUCCAUGUGCUCUGCUCAGAAAAGAUGCGUUACGAUAUUGCCCGAUGGUGUGGCAAGCAUGGCCUUUCAUGUGUCAGCUCCAGCUCCCGUGAUACCUCUAGGGAUUUACAAAAACGUGGAACCAUGUCGCCGUCGGAAAGAAGUGGCAGCGAGUUCAUCUAUCCUACAUCCGAGAAGAUGCACACGUCUCCUCGUGGAUUGGAAUCCUCUCUCAGCUCGGCCUAUCCUCAACAACCACUCAUCCACCACUAUCAGCGUCGUCCACCGCAACAGCCUAAUGGAACUUAUGACUACGCAACAAUUGCGUAUGGCGAGAUGGUACCAGGCCAUAUGUUACCUCGUAUGGCCUCCUCGUUUCCACAUCCAGGUGUUGCCAUCCAUUACCCAUCAUUCGAUCUGGAUUCCUCCUACCAACCUCAGAUCUUCCAUCAUCGCCCUCCACCAGAUUUUUCUCCACCACCGCCACCUCCUGCCCAGGGUACAACACCUUCAAAAGUAAUCCGCCCCCCAUCAUCCAAGAUGAGUGACGAUUCGGCCUAUUCCGAUGGUGGAUCGUCAUCCGUACUCACCACGGAAGUCACACCUUCUGGAGCGACAGUACUUCGAAUGGAUUUGGGCAGAAAUCAACCGCCUAACUAUUGGCGAAAUGUUUGA